GCUGGUGGGGUUUGGCAGGGCUGGUUUGGGCUUAGCUUCCGCUGCGGGUACCUUCCAUGUUUCUUCACAAGUAUGAAUGGCUUCAACAACAAAGAAGGACAAGGUCUUUGUUUGAUUGUUCUUUCAUUGCAUUGUGAUGCAUGAAGUUUGGUGAUGAUUGCUUCAACAAGCGCAGGACAAAGGGCGGAAUGUGCUGCGUUCAGGCCCCUUUACUAUGAGAUCAGGUUUCGCAGAUGGAAAGAAUAUAAGGAGACAUCAUGACACCAAUCUACCUGGUCAUCAUGCUCGUCACUAUAUGGAAACUGACCUCUCCCGGCUGGUUAGCACAUUUCUUAUACCCAAGAUGUCCGCUUCGCUUUGUGGUCUCAGUACUCACUCAGGUUUUGCAGAGGGUGUCUCGCAAGGGACGAGUGGUCCAGGACAAAGAGUUUCUCUCCAGACUGACCUCUGGGAAGUGGUAACAAACUUCCUGGAGAAGAACAACCUGAUCGUCUUCUCUGGGUCUCGUCGCGGUGUUCUCAACGCUGUGAGCCACAAGCGCUGUUCUGCUUGUCAGGAUCAGCUCCUGACUCCACAGGAGGUAUAUGGCAAUCACGCAGCGGCCGCUGCUGAUGAGAACGCCAGGCUCAUGGUCUUCAAUCUGCGCCCCGUGGAGAAUGCUGCCUGGGCAAUUGAGCGUGGCGCGGUGAGUGAGAAUCAGGUAGAUGACUAUGCUGACAAGCUGGCCAAUGCCGUGACCGUGAGUGGAUUGUCGAUUUUGUCACUGGCCGUUCUUCGGGGAAGAAAGGACGUGGCGAAUGUUCUUCUGAAGCAUCGCGCGGACCCUACUUACGGAGGCGAAAAUGCUGACUUGAAGCCCUUGGACUAUAUCAGAUCCCCCUUUCAUCCAACCGACUCAGCAGGAGACCCAGCAAGGAUCAAGGCCGCCAAGACAAUGGUGGAAACACUGAUCACCCGCGGAGCGACCUUCACCCAGAAGGGGCCCUGGGAUAUCAUUCUGUGGACUCGACGCGUCGACCUCAUCUGCGAGGCGGUCCGGAAUGGUGUGGAUCUCCUCAGUCUGCGCUGGGAGAGCCAGGGCGUAAGUCUGAGCCCGCUGACCGCUAUCCUCCAUCACCCGGCCCUGCCCGAAGAAAAGGUCCGCGAGGAGGUCCUGCGGGAGAUCCUGCAGGCCGCGCCCAGAUUGAUGGACAUCACCGACGGCGGGGGACGCACCGUCAUCCACCAAGCCGUGCAAGCCCACCGGUGGAAUCUAACGCAAGCCCUGCUCCGGUUCCCAUCCACGACAUGGCCGAUCGCCAACGACGGGCAGAGCGCGUUGACCAUCGCCAUCGCCCACGGUAAGACAAAACUGAUCGCGGGUCUGUUGGACCGCCCCGAGUACAAACUAGACUUCAUGCACGACGUCGACUCCAUGCCCCUGUGGCGUCAUGUCAACAGCCCCACUCAGGAGUCCUCCCCGCUGAUGGUGGCCGUCGCAAAGGCGGCCGAGUGCCCCAGAGCCCUUUAUACGCUGGCCACCCACCCGCGCAUGUGUAUCCCCACAAACGUGCCCGAUCGCCUCAACGUCCGACAUCUGGCGCUGGAGCUGGGGAUGGAGGUCGGCCUUGGUCUGCGCUAUGUCGCGCUGAUCAAAGCCAUCCCCUAGCGGUGCGAUUAUGACGAGGGAGAAACUUGCACUAGGGCCGAGUAAAUAAUCUACUACAAUUGAUCUAAUCAAAGUUCCCUUUCGACAAACACAGACACAGUACAAAACUCGCUUUAUCAACAUACCCCCA